UUGCUCAUGCCUCUCUCACUCCCUUGCCUUUCACGAUGUGUAACAGUUUAGACACACUCCCUUACUCGCCUCCCUUGAUAUCACCGCAGUUGCCUAAAGACUACACUGUGCCCCUGGAGGGACAAGGACUGUCUGCAGAUCUGAGCUAUUUGUUGAUGGCAAACAUACGAAGGAACAAGCUUUAAUGGCAAUGAAGCUGCCGCAGGGCUGGAAGAUGCCUCGGAAGAAGGUGGUUUUUGUGGCACUCUUGUUUUUUCCUUGUUUGGGUAUGUUUGGGUUCUUUAUCACAAACUAUCAGACUGACUUGUGCUUUUUUUGCUUCCACAAAUCAGAAAACCGUUUUUCCUUUAAAACUGACUAUAAAAGGAACCACUUCAUGACGGUGCCUGAAUCAAACUGCAAACAAAACCCUCCAUUUCUGGUGCUCCUGGUGACUACAACAUACGACCAGAUAGAGGCGCGAAUGGCAAUCCGCAAAACGUGGGGGAAAGAGCAACUCAUCCAGGGAAAGCGAGUGGUGACCUUCUUUCUUCUUGGCACGAGCCCCAGUAAACUCGACAGUUUAUCCGAAGAGUUGAACAUCUACAAAGACAUCAUUCAAAAAGAUUUUGUAGACACCUAUUACAACUUGACCAUAAAAACGUUUAUGGGUUUAGACUGGAUUGUGAAUCAUUGCCCUCAGACCCACUACGUCAUGAAAACAGAUACAGACAUGUUUGUCAAUACGUAUUACCUUGUUAAACUUCUCCUGCGUAAAAAUCUGACUUCAAAUCUCUUCACAGGGAUACUAAAGCCAGACGAUGCCCCUAUACGUUAUGUCUUUAGCAAGUGGUACAUAAGUAAAAAGGAAUAUAAUGGUGAGAAAUACCCCCCCUUUUGUUCGGGUACAGGCUACGUGCUCUCCGUAGAUGUUGCCCAAAGGAUUUUUAACAUCUCAUUCUCUUUACCAUUUUUUAAACUUGAGGAUGUGUACAUAGGAAUGUGUCUGGAGAAGUUGAAGAUCUCAUUACAGGAGUUACACACUAAGCCUAUAUUUUUUGCUUCUAAGCCAUCAUUCUCUGUGUGCGCUUAUCGGAACCUUGUGACAUCUCAUGAAAUCAAGCCACAGGAAAUAGUCAUUUACUGGGAGGCCUUACACAAUGCACAAGAUGAACAAUGUUGAGGAACCUACAGAGAUGUUUCCAGCUAUUCCAUACUUUAAAUGUUUUACCGGGAUACUGCAAAAUAUUUCUAUUGAAAUAGGUGGAAAGAUCAACGAUUUACAGCCAACUCAUUCACUUUGACCUUAGGAUCAAGGGUAGUGUGAAACCUUGAGCCUUGAUAAAAUAAGCUGUCCAUUGACAGCCCUUUUGUUUUUAAAGUAAUAUAAUAGAUUCUUAUUCUGAUUCGUGAAUGUCUACGACAAUGCCUCCCCUAAAAGCCAGUCCUAGUCAACCUAGCUGGUUUAAGGCCAGAUUCACACCUAUGCAUUUUUAGUGCUUUUUGCAUUUUGCAGAUUUGUACUACAGCUUGUGCUCCAUAGG